GUCGCUGCGUUGCCUUAGCAACCGGACUAAGAGGACGCGGUGGUUGGGCCUCAAGGCCUCUGGCUAUUCAACCUCGGGGCUCUUCGCCAGCACUGCUCGCUUCCGGCACCAUGUCGGUGCGGGCGCUACCGCUGCUCUUCUUGAACUUGGGCGGGGAGAUGCUUUACAUCCUGGACCAGCGGCUGCGGGCCCAGAACAUCCCGGGAGACAAGGCCCGCAGAGAUGAAUGGACAGAGGUGGACAGAAAACGAGUUCUGAAUGACAUCAUCUCAACCAUGUUCAAUCGAAAGUUCAUGGAGGAAUUGUUCAAACCCCAAGAGCUCUACUCCAAGAAGGCCCUGAGGACUGUCUAUGACCGCCUGGCUCAUGCCUCCAUCAUGAGACUGAACCAGGCCAGCAUGGACAAGCUGUAUGACCUGAUGACUAUGGCUUUGAAAUAUCAAGUAUUGCUGUGUCCCCGUCCCAAGGAUGUGUUGCUGGUCACUUUCAAUCAUUUAGAUGCCAUCAAGGGAUUCAUCCAGGACGCCCCAGCCCUCCUGCAUCUAGUGGAUGAGACUUUUCGGCAGCUGCUUGACAUAUACGGGGGUCUCCCUGCAGGGGAGUUCCAUCUGAUCCGGCAGACACUCCUCACCUUUUUCCAGGACCUGCACAUCCGGGUGUCCGUAUUUCUAAAGGACAGAGUUCAGAAUUCUAAUGGCCGCUUUGUGCUGCCAGUGUCCGGGCCUGUUCCCUGGGGAACUGAAGUCCCUGGACUCAUCAGAAUGUUCAACACCAAAGGCGAUGAAGUGAAGAGGGUCGAAUUCCAGCAUGGCGGAAACUAUGUCGCGGCAACGAAAGAAGGUUCUUUUGAAUUGUAUGGAGACCGAGUCCUGAAACUGGGAACUAAUAUGUACAGUGUGAACAGGCCUGUGGAAACCCAUAUGUCUGGACCAUCCAAGAACUUAGCUUCACAGACACAGCAAAGCAUUGCUCCAAACCCUCUUGCUAAAGAAGAGCUGAAUUUCUUGGCCAGGCUGAUGGGAGGAAUGGAGAUUAAGAAACCCGGUGGCCCUGAGCCAGGAUUCCGGUUGAAUCUCUUUACCACCGAUGAAGAGGAGGAACAAGCAGCAUUGAGGAGGCCAGAAGAAUUAUCCUAUGAAGUUGUCAACAUACAAGCUACUCAGGACCAGCAAAGGAACGAAGAGCUGGCUCGGAUCAUGGGGGAGUUCGAGAUCACGGACCAGCCAAGGUGGAGCGCCAGCAAGGGCGAUGAUUUGCUGGCCAUGAUGGACGAGUUAUAGCUGUGUGGACCAGGCACACCCCUCCCGCCCCAGGAGAGGCUGCCGAAUGAGGACCCCAGGGGAUCCCCAGGGAGCAAAAGGAUGCUGCUCGCUUUCUACUGAGUUGAAGCCGUUACCUCUUGUUCCUGUUUAUGUUGUAAUGAACUGUGCAAGUCUCUCUCAGGGAGCACACUCCCUGGAAGGCAUACACGUACACAUUUUUUCAGCAAAAUAUAUGCUAGCUUUUAAAUUAGA